AUGAAGAAUAUAAGCACCGGUAUAGAUAAUAGCAUGUUUGUUUGCCCUAAGUCAACAAGUCGUAAUGAAUUCAGCAUCGUUUCUCUACGGCUCACGUCGCCAUUGAUCGUGGCCUUAACUUUCAUCACAUUAUUCCACAGCGCUUCGAGUAAGCAUCCUCUCCUAACAUCAGUUCGCCAUCACAACUCGCGUCACCACAAACACCUGCAGGAUCGAUUCAAACGGCAGCAAGGCGCGCAUCUCUACCUGCCGGGCAGUUACGUCACAGACGGUGGAGAUGGACCUGACCAGGGACCCUGGGAGGAAUGGUCAGCUCCUACACCUUGUUCCAGGACCUGUGGAGGGGGUGUGGCCACACAAACGCGAUACUGCCAACCGGGGUAUCAGUGCAGUGGACCUUCCUCCAGGCAUUUCUCAUGUAAUACGCAGGAUUGUCCUGACAGGGCGGACUUUAGGGCACAACAGUGUGCAGAGUUCAACAACAUUCCAUUUGAAGGAGUGAAUUACGAUUGGAUACCGUACACGAAAGCACCGGAUCCUUGCGAACUAAAUUGCAUGCCAAGGGGUGAACGAUUCUAUUACAAUCAUGCAAGGGCAGUGAAAGAUGGUACUACUUGUAGCGAUGAAGGGUUUGAUGUGUGCGUUAACGGGACGUGCAGGCCAGUUGGGUGUGACAUGAUGCUAGGCUCAAAUAUGAGAGAGGAUCAGUGUCGUGUAUGUGGGGGAGAUGGAAGCACAUGCAAUACAUUUUCUAGUUCAAUACCUAUGAAAGACAUGCAAGGAGGCUACAACGACAUACUGCUGAUUCCUGCCGGAGCAACAAAUAUUAGGGUACAAGAAACAGAUGCAUCUAAUAACUACUUAGCGGUUCGUAAUACCAGCGGGCAUUACUACUUGAACGGAAAUUGGAGGAUAGACUUUCCAAGAAAUAUAGAAUUUGCCGGCACUAGGUUUAAGUACGAAAGGGAACCUCAGCAAUUUCCUGCGCCUGACAGGAUAACAGCAUUAGGACCAACAACAGAGCCACUCUUCGUCGUGGAUUCUGUAGUAGCUUUGAGUUUCAAUUAA